AUGUCCCAGCAGAAGCGAUCCUGGGAACCCGCACGUGGGCCCGUGUGCUCCCAUCCUCAGGGCUCAGCGCCCUCCCUGGCUCCCUGCUCUGCUCCUUGUGCCCCCUGUUCUGGAGGCUGUGGUUCUGGUUCCCAAAAACUUCAGAACCAGAACCGGCCAGGCACUAGAAGGGCUCACCGAAAGCCCCGCUGCCUCAGUGGGGGCACGACCUACCACAUCAAAGAGGAAGAGUGUUAAGGGGGUCAACCCACAGGGCAGGCACAGGUACAUCUGUUCCCGCCUACCUGUGUCUGCUGUACCCAUUCUGCUGGAAGGCUCAGCUGACUUCCUGUGAUUUGGGCUGAGAAACACUUUCCCAGCUCCU